GCAAAACUGCUGGGAAUGCUGGUUUGUUUUAAAGGGAAGGAAGGGACCUUUGGAAACCAGGCAGCGCCGCUGGAGACGUGCGUGAGGGGAGACAUCACUGCCAUGCUGGAGGCCCCUGCGUGGUCUGUGCGUGUAGCAAAGGACGAUGCCUUUCCUGCACGGCUUCCGCAGGAUCAUCUUCGAGUACCAGCCCCUGGUGGACGAGCUGUUGGGGCUGCUGGUGAUACAGGAUGUGGAAGGGCAGGGUGCUCUUGAGAGCCCUGCCUGUCUGGGCAGCGACCGGAGCCAGCUCUCAGCUGUGAGACGGGUCUUGGAGAGGGAGACGCACUCCCCGUUCUAUCAGGAAGGUGUGAGCUAUGCCCUGCUGAAGGUCACCGAGCUGGGGCUCGUUCCCGCUGCAGAAAUCCUCCUGGAGUUUGGAGCAGACCUCAGCUUUGAAGAUCCAGUCACCUACUACACCUCCCUGCACAUCGCUGUGCUCCGCAACCAGCCCGAUAUGGUGGAGCUCUUGGUGCACCACGGGGCUGACAUCAACCGGAGAGACCGGAUCCAUGAGAGCAGCCCCCUCGACCUGGCCAGCGAGGAGCCGGAGCGGUUGCCGUGUCUCCAGCGGCUGCUUCAGCUGGGGGCCGAUGUCAACACAGCUGACAAAAACGGAAAGACAGCGCUGUUGCAUGCCCUGGCCAGCAGCGACGGUGUCCAGAUCCACAACACUGAGAGCAUCCGUCUCCUGCUGGAAGGAGGUGCAGAUGUCAGGGCCACCACCAAAGACGGUGACACUGUCUUCACCUACGUUAUCUUCCUGCUGGGAGAGAUGGUGUGCAGCAGCAGCGAGGAGGCACAGGUCAUCAGCCGCUUCUGCUUCCGUGUCACACAGCUGCUGCUGGCCCACGGUGCCAACCCCAGCGAGUGCCCGGCCCCGGAGUCCCUCACCCACCUCUGCUUCAAAAGCUUCAAGAGCCACUUCCCGCUGCUGCGUUUCUUGCUGGAGUCGGGUGCUGCCUACAACUGCUCCCUCCAUGGUCCCUCGUGCUGGUCCGGCUUCCACAUCAUCUUCGAGUGCCUCUGCUCGCACCUCAGCGUCUCCGAAGACGACAGCUUCUUUACAGACCUCAUCCAGAAGGGCCAGACUCUGCUGGAGCUCAUGAUGGCCAGUUCACAAGCCAUCCAGCUGCCCAGCAACUUUGAGGUCAACACCAGCACCUGUAGGUACCACGGGGAGAAGAUCCGGACUCUCUUCUGCUCUCUGAAGCAGCUGGAGCGCUCCCCACAGGCACUGAAGCAUCUCUGCAGGGUGUUCAUCCGGCAGCGCCUUAAACCGUGGCCAGUAGAUGUUAAAAUCAAGGCUCUACCUCUUCCAGACAGGCUGAAGUGGUACCUCCUCAUUGACCACACUGCUGCCGGGCAGGAGGACCUCUGAGCCUGACUUGCACUUCUCUGUGUGCCACCAAAUCUCUGCCCUGGGACCGUUUUCUCUGCAGCAGGAGGUGUUGCUGUCCAUGGUUUGGGCAUAAGGCCACAUGCACAUCUGUGGAGGCCCCAUUGCUCUGGAGCAUCUCAUGGGGAAGUGGGCAGAGCUCUGUGGCUCUCUGGACAUUGGGGAGCUGGACCGUGGCGCAGGGGGCUGGUUUGUGUGGGUUUUAAAGGAAGGGCUGGUGGGGAGGAGCAGUGGGGUGGUUGGGGCAGUGUGGCUGGGCAGAAAUAGCCUGGCCCCUGGCCUUCCAGCCCUGCCAGGUCCAGGGUGGGUGAAAUGGAGAUGCUUUGGGGUGCUGGGGGAAGAGGUGCUCCCGGUCUCCUCCCUCUGGUCAUGGUGGAGGCAAGCCUGGCUUCUUGGUGUGGUUCCAC